UUGACGAAGGUGUGUCAACAACAUGGCAGCCCCCAUGGCAGCUUCUGCCUCCACGUGGAAUUCUAUAAAACCGUCGAAUUUGACGCUUUCCCCUGAUUUAUUUUCGUCGAUUUUGGUAGAGCGGCAAGCACUAGCAUGUCAGGGCACUGGAUUUGCACCAAGUGUUGUUAGUCAUAUAAAUACGUCAUUGUCUACCUCUGCCACACGGUUGGAAGGCUUAUUUCUUCUACAACAUUUCAUCAAGCAAUGCACCGGUGACUCCUUCAAUGAUGCAGCACUCUCCUGGAUUGGCCAGCUGACCAUCAUCUUACAGUCCUACGAGACCACUGUUGUCCACCAAGCUUCCUGUGACGUUCUAGCUGCCCUGUUGGCUGAGAUUCGCCCACUGACUGAACUGAGUCAUGAGGUGUCCACAUCUCAUUUGCCACAAGUUGUCCUGGCUUUGCUCAGGUCCAAACAGCCGUGGUACUUAUCUGCAGUCCGAUGCCUCAUCUCAUGCAUGGAUAACUUUCCAGGGCCAUGUGGUCCAUUUAAGGACAAAAUAGAGAAGUUUAUCUUGCCUUCAAUUCUAGUCGGCGCUGAUCCAGAAGCUUUGAAGGCCUGUUCCAGCUGUUAUGCCCUGUUACCAACCUGUGGUGGAGGAGGUCACCAGUCUAUCAAGCAUUCAGAUGCCUGGGGGUCACACUGCAGCAUUCUCCUGGGGUCACUGCAGGUCACACUCACUCAUCUUUAUCAAGGACUAGAAGAUGAGGAUGAUCUUCCGUCUCCAAAACAAACCCUGAAUGGUCUGGAACCAGUUGAUGAGACAGAUAAUAACAGAUUCUAUAAGCUGACCAAGCGCUUCUUGGCUAUAGGAACAUGUCUAACAGAGAUGUUUAGAAAAGAUUAUGGAUUUAGCCUCAGGAAUCCUGCGGGGGAAGUCCUCAACUUCGUCUGCCGCUGUCUGGCUGUGAAUUCUAAGUUUCUUGAAAGUCGACCAUCUACAGAGAGGUUACUCCUCGCUACCGUUGUCAGUCAGAUCCACCAGGGGGCUCUUGGCAUACUUGAAAGUCUCAUUCACAGCUGCCGGACUAUCCUCCUGCCCCAGUCCAACAUCGUAAACAAGCUUCUACUCCAGACCUUGUCUUGGUCUCAAACAGAUGAUAAUGCAGGAAGAGGCAAGGCCUACAGCAGCCUUAGACAGAGUGCCUACUCUACGCUUAUCAUGUGGUUAAAGGCCUGUGGUACUCUACAGUCCAUGGAUAGUUUGGUGCAGUCGGUAAUGAUCGACAUUAAACCUGGUAGUGAGACUUUAAAGCUCGAUUCCAAGCAAUCAAAAUUGAAAGAUGCCCAGGAACUGAUGUCCAGUAAGAAGAAGAAAAAGAAACAGAAGGGUCAGAUGUCUACUGUUGGUGCUGUGUCCAAGAUACCUCAGAAGGGCAACCCAGAGCUCUGUUCAAAGGCACUUCAAGCUUUGAGGCAAAUAUUAUUGUCAGCUGGCCACUGCCUUAAGACCCAUACUCUUCAAAACGUGGAGGAAUUCAUCAUGCCACUCUCAUUGAAGAUACAAAAUGGAGAUGGCUUGCCACCCUACUUGAGUGCAUCAUGCCGGAUGGAUCUGUAUCGUGUCCUACAAGCCAUGGUUCUGGUUUCACACUCGUCGUGGCAGCCGUCUGUCCACUGUAUCAUCAGGUUGUUCAGUACUGGCCAGAGAGAUGCAAAUAUUGAGAUUUCAACCUUUGCCAUGGAAUCGUUAGCGCUAUGUACGGCCCUCAUUCACCCAAUAGUGCCAACGUUGUACAGACCGCCACCUGUAGUCAAGAAAGAUAAUGACAACGUUGCUAUUACUGUGUCCUCAAUGGAUUCAACGGUCUAUUCGCAAUUGAAUACAAGUUUAUUCAGGACGAAUGGGGCAACUAUGGGAUUACAAUCGGGAGGUGGGGAUACUAAGACAUUUGCGAUGUCUGCUGGAGACUUUGAUGACAGUCGAACGGGUUUGAGUCCUGGUGUACAGCAGGUUGGGACUAAAUCCACCCAAGGUGGACAGGGGGAUGCUGAGGCUGGGGUUGUAACUUUCACUGUGGUGGACAAUGAUAGUGCUGAUAAUGAGGAGGAAGAUGCCACGGUUGAUGAAAUGUCUGGUGUUCAAGUAGUCCAGGUUACUGAGAAGCUAGUGGGUGUGGAAAAUACAUCUCGUAACAAAACUUGUGAGGUCGAAAUGGAAGGACAAGUGGCAGUGGAACAGACCAUUUCAAAGAAAAGGAAGUUUGAAUCUGACGCAGCGGAGAGCCAACCAUCUGAAAAAGUCAGUUGCCCAUCACCAAAGCCAUGUUCUAGCAGAACUGAGGAAGGUGGCAGCCCUGCAGGAAUAGUGGACUCUAUGCUGAUGUCCUUCGUGGAUGCUGGGCCAGAUUCUGAGUGAGCAGCUUCAAAAA